UCGGAGAGCUGUCUCAGUCAGGCUGUAACCUCUCAGCACUCACAAGGGAGCAGAGGCACCUCCACCAUGUCUGGAAAGAGCUGUUCUAGGAAAUGCCCCUCUGUGCCAGCCAUCUCUCUCUGCUCCACUGGGUUGAGCUGUGGAGGGCCUGUCUGCUUGCCCAGUUCCUGCCGGAGCCAGACGUGGCAACUGGUGACUUGUCAAGAUAGCUGCGGAUCAUCUAGCUGUGGCUCCCAAGGCUGUCUCGUGAGCAGCUGUGCCCAACCUGUGUGCUUUGAGGCCACCAUCUGUGAGCCCUCCUGUCCUGUGAGCAGCUGUGCCCAACCUGUUUGCUACGAGGCCAUCAUCUGUGAGCCCUCCUGUCCUGUGAGCAGCUGUGCCCAAUCUGUGUGCUAUGAGACCAACAUCUGUGAGCCCUCCUGCCCUGUGAGCAGCUGUGCCCAACCUGUGUGCUGUGAGGCCACCAUCUGUGAGCCCUCCUGCUCCGUGAGCAGCAGUGCUCAACCUGUGUGCUGCGAGGCCACCAUCUGUGAGCCCUCUUGCCCUGUCAGCAGCUGUGCCCAACCUGUGUCCUGCGAGGCCACCAUCUGUGAACCCUCCUGCUCCGUGAGCAGCUGUGCCCAACCUGUGUCCUGCGAGGCCACCAUCUGUGAACCCUCCUGUUCCGUGAGCAGUUGCUGUCAACCAGUGUGUUGUGAGGCCCCUUCCUGCCAACCGGUCCUCUGUGUACCCACUCCCUGCCAGCCCAUCGUGUGCAAACCCAGCCGCUGUGAGCCCACUUGCUGUCAGCCGGUGUGCCCCACCCCUAGCUGCUGUCCCUCUGUCUGCUCUGUGGCCAAUAGGUGCCAGGCUGUCUGCUGUGACCCCAGUCCUUGUGAGCCAUCUUGCUCGGAGGCCAGCAUCUGCCAGCCGGCUACCUGUGUGGCUCUGGUCUGUAAGCCUGUCUGCCUCCGCCCUGUGUGCUGUGUUCCAAGCCCUUGUGAGCCACCUUGUGUCUCCAGCACUUGCCAAGAGCCCUCUUGUUGCGUCUCCAGCAUCUGCCAACCCAUCCGCUCUGAGCCCAGCCCCUGCUCAUCAAGUCUCUGUGUGCCCAGUCCAUGUCAACCUACCUGCUACGUAGUCAAGCGCUGUCAAUCCAUCUGCUGUGAGCCCGUUUCCUGCCCAUCUACUUCCUGCCAACCUCUCUGCUGUCGCCCAGGGUCUUCUGCAUCUGCCGUCUGCCAACCAACUUGCCCUCGGACUUUCUACAUACCCAGCUCCAGCAAACAGCCAUGCACUACUUCAGUUUCCUACCGUCCAACUUGCCGCCCAAUCUGCUCUGGACCCAUCACCUAUAGGCAUCCAUAUGUGACAUCUAUUUCCUACCGCCCUGCCUGCUACCGCCCAUGUUACUCCAUCCUGCGCCGCCCGGCCUGUGUCACUUCUGUCUCUUACCGCCCAGUCUGCUCCCGCCUGCCUUGUGCUGACUCCUGUAAACGGGAUUGCAAAAACUCCACUUCCAGCCAACCGGAUUGUGCUGACUCAACAUCCUGCAAAGGAGAGGUCUCAGAGGAGAGUCCCUACCAGCCCGCCGAGGCCAAACCCACCAGCCCAACCACCCGUGAGGCUGCAGCCAGCCAGCCUGCUGCCACCAGGCCUGCCAACUGAGGAACUGGUAUCAGCUCACCAAUUUUUGCAAAGCAAGUCACCUGCCAGAGAGAAAACUUGAUUACCUUCCCCAAUUCUAUGACUUAGGUAGAAUCUUUUUAUUUCUGCACCGUCACUCGCCAUUUGCUUACGCUUCAAAGAACUCAUCAGAAAUGGCAGUACCCUAAUGGUCCAAACGAAGACCUCCUGGGCACUGAAGGGGGGACGCUCUGGUUCCCGUCUGCUGCUGCCAUCAAGCUGAGAAGAGCUACUUCACCACAUCAUCCUACAUAUCUGUCCUGCUAUAAAUUUGUUUCUGUCCUCAUGCGUGUCCUCUUGCUGGAUGGGCUCACGUUUCUUGGGCAUGUCCUCUUCAAUGUGAUAAAGAUAUUUAACUGUCCAAUAAACGUGGCUAAGUUGAAAUG